CCACAAGGCCACAUAAGGAGGGUGAGGUCCCUGGAGUGGACUAUAUUUUCAUCACUGUUGAAGAUUUUAUGGAACUGGAGAAAAGUGGUGCUCUCCUAGAAAGUGGGACUUAUGAAGACAAUUACUACGGUACCCCGAAGCCUCCAGCAGAACCAGCACCAUUAUUAUUAAAUGUAACAGACCAGAUACUUCCGGGAGCCACUCCAAGUGCUGAAGGAAAACGGAAGAGGAAUAAAUCAGUGAGCAACAUGGAGAAAGCAAGUAUAGAGCCUCCUGAGGAGGAAGAGGAAGAGAGGCCUGUGGUCAAUGGAAAUGGAGUAGUGAUAACGCCAGAAUCCAGUGAACAUGAAGAUAAGAGUGCAGGUGCCUCAGGGGAGACACCCUCCCAGCCUUAUCCUGCACCGGUGUACAGUCAGCCUGAGGAGCUGAAGGAGCAGAUAGAUGACACAAAGCCAACUAAACCUGAAGAGAAUGAGGACUCAGACCCAUUGCCUGAUAACUGGGAAAUGGCCUACACAGAGAAGGGUGAAGUCUACUUCAUUGACCAUAACACAAAGACAACAUCAUGGCUGGAUCCACGACUUGCGAAAAAGGCUAAACCUCCAGAAGAGUGCAAAGAAAAUGAGCUUCCAUAUGGCUGGGAAAAAAUCGAUGAUCCCAUAUAUGGCACUUAUUAUGUUGACCACAUAAACAGAAGAACACAGUUUGAAAACCCUGUCCUGGAAGCAAAAAGAAAGCUACAGCAGCAUAACAUGCCCCACACAGAACUUGGAACAAAGCCCCUGCAGGCCCCAGGUUUCCGAGAAAAACCACUCUUCACCCGGGAUGCAUCCCAGUUGAAGGGAACAUUCCUCAGCACCACCCUAAAAAAGAGCAACAUGGGUUUUGGAUUUACCAUCAUUGGUGGAGAUGAGCCUGAUGAGUUUCUACAGGUGAAAAGUGUGAUUCCCGAUGGGCCCGCAGCACAGGAUGGGAAAAUGGAAACAGGUGAUGUCAUUGUCUAUAUAAAUGAAGUUUGUGUCCUUGGACACACUCAUGCAGAUGUUGUCAAACUUUUCCAGUCUGUUCCUAUUGGUCAGAGUGUCAACUUGGUGUUGUGUCGUGGCUACCCUUUGCCCUUUGAUCCUGAAGAUCCUGCUAACAGCAUGGUGCCACCCCUUGCAAUAAUGGAGAGGCCACCUCCGGUGAUGGUCAAUGGAAGACAUAACUACGAAACCUAUUUGGAAUACAUUUCUCGGACCUCACAGUCAGUUCCAGAUAUCACAGAUCGGCCGCCUCAUUCUUUGCACUCCAUGCCAGCUGAUGGCCAGCUAGAUGGCACGUAUCCACCACCCGUCCAUGAUGACAAUGUGUCUAUGGCUUCAUCAGGAGCCACGCAAGCUGAACUUAUGACCUUAACCAUUGUGAAAGGUGCCCAGGGCUUUGGCUUCACUAUUGCCGACAGUCCAACAGGACAACGGGUGAAACAAAUACUUGACAUUCAGGGAUGCCCUGGCCUGUGUGAAGGGGACCUCAUUGUUGAGAUCAACCAGCAGAAUGUACAGAACUUGAGCCAUACAGAAGUAGUGGAUAUACUUAAGGACUGUCCUAUUGGAAGUGAGACUUCUUUGAUUAUUCACCGAGGAGGUUUCUUUUCUCCAUGGAAAACUCCAAAGCCUAUAAUGGACCGAUGGGAGAAUCAAGGCAGUCCUCAAACGAGUUUAUCUGCUCCGGCCAUACCGCAGAACCUGCCCUUCCCACCCGCCCUUCACAGGAGUUCAUUUCCUGACUCAACAGAGGCCUUUGACCCACGGAAGCCUGACCCAUAUGAGCUCUACGAGAAAUCUAGAGCCAUUUAUGAAAGUAGGCGUCCAGAUUAUAAGGAAUUGGAUGUUCACCUUCGGAGGAUGGAGUCUGGAUUUGGCUUCAGAAUCCUCGGGGGAGAUGAGCCUGGACAGCCUAUUUUGAUUGGGGCUGUCAUUGCUAUGGGCUCAGCAGACAGAGAUGGCCGCUUACAUCCGGGAGAUGAGCUUGUCUAUGUUGACGGGAUUCCAGUGGCCGGCAAGACCCACCGCUACGUCAUCGACCUUAUGCACCAUGCAGCCCGCAACGGACAGGUUAACCUCACUGUGAGAAGAAAGGUGCUAUGUGGAGGGGAGCCCUGCCCAGAGAACGGGAGGAGCCCAGGCUCUGUAUCAACCCACCACAGCUCUCCACGCAGUGACUACGCAACGUAUACCAACAGCAACCACGCGGUCCCCAGUAGCAAUGCCUCUCCUCCUGAAGGUUUCGCCUCCCACAGCCUGCAGACCAGCGAUGUGAUCAUUCACCGCAAAGAGAAUGAAGGCUUUGGCUUUGUCAUCAUCAGCUCCCUGAACAGGCCUGAGUCUGGAUCCACUAUAACUGUGCCCCAUAAAAUCGGACGCAUCAUUGAUGGGAGUCCUGCAGAUCGUUGUGCAAAACUAAAAGUGGGAGACCGGAUCUUAGCAGUGAAUGGCCAGUCUAUCAUCAACAUGCCUCACGCUGACAUCGUGAAGCUCAUCAAGGACGCAGGUCUUAGUGUCACCCUUCGCAUCAUUCCGCAGGAGGAGCUCAACAGCCCCGCCUCGGCACCCAGCUCAGAGAAGCAGAGUCCCAUGGCCCAGCAACACAGCCCUGUGGCCCAGCAGAGUCCUCUGGCCCAACCAAGCCCGGCUACCCCCAACAGCCCCAUCACACAACCAGCUCCUCCCCAGCCCCUUCAGCUGCAAGGACAUGAAAACAGUUACAGGUCAGAAGUAAAAGCAAGGCAAGAUGUGAAACCAGACAUCCGACAGCCUCCAUUCACGGACUACCGACAACCCCCGCUGGACUACCGGCAACCCCCAGGGGGGGACUACCAGCAGCCUCCACCCCUGGACUACAGGCAGCCUCCCCUGCUAGACUACAGGCAGCAUUCACCAGACACCCGGCAGUACCCUCUGUCGGACUACAGACAGCCCCAGGAUUUUGAUUAUUUCACUGUGGAUAUGGAGAAAGGAGCCAAAGGAUUUGGAUUCAGCAUUCGUGGAGGAAGAGAAUACAAAAUGGAUUUGUAUGUGCUGAGAUUGGCAGAAGAUGGGCCAGCAAUAAGGAAUGGAAGGAUGAGGGUAGGAGAUCAAAUCAUUGAAAUCAAUGGGGAAAGCACAAGGGAUAUGACACAUGCCAGAGCAAUAGAACUCAUCAAAUCCGGAGGAAGAAGAGUGAGGCUGCUGCUGAAGAGGGGCACAGGACAGGUCCCGGAGUAUGGAAUGGUACCUUCCAGUCUCUCCAUGUGCAUGAAAAGUGACAAGCAUGGGUCCCCAUAUUUCUACUUAUUGGGCCACCCUAAAGACACGACGAACCCAGCUCCUGGAGUUCUCCCGCUGCCGCCGCCCCAGGUCUGCCGGAAGUAGGCGUCUCCCUCGAAGACGUCCUCUCUCCAUUCUCUCCAUCACAUCCAGCCCCACCCUCCGACCCUUCCCACCAGAUAAGCCCAGACCC